AUAUGGGAAAGCAAACCACCAAAAGAAGUGAUGAUCAGCGAUCUCAUGGUAAAUCUGGAUGUUAAUUCACAUGCCUCAGGACAUCCAAUCGGAACGACACAGCAAUUCCUAAACUCAGACUUCCGUCCACUUAGCAACUGGACUACUAACGUCAGUGUCAGCUAGUCACGAAUGGCUACCCAAAGGAAACACUUGGUGAAAGAUUUCAAUCCUUACAUCACCUGCUAUAUUUGUAAAGGGUAUCUGAUCAAGCCAACUACGGUGACCGAAUGCCUUCAUACGUUCUGUAAGACUUGUAUUGUUCAGCACUUUGAAGACAGCAAUGAUUGUCCAAGGUGUGGCAACCAAGUUCAUGAGACAAAUCCAUUAGAAAUGCUGAGGUUGGAUAAUACAUUAGAAGAAAUUAUAUUUAAACUGGUUCCUGGACUACGAGAACAAGAACUUGAGCGUGAAUCUGAGUUUUGGAAGAAAAAUAAGCCUCAAGAAAAUGGACAAGAUGAUACUUCAAAGGUUGACAAACCUAAAGUAGAUGAAGAAGGUGAUGAAAAUCAGGACGACAAAGACUAUCACAGAAGUGACCCACAGAUUGCCAUUUGUCUAGAUUGUUUACGGAAUAAUGGACAAACGGGGGACAACGUAGUAAAGGGUUUAAUGAAGAAAUUCAUCCGAUGUUCUACACGUGUAACUGUGGGAACUAUUAAAAAAUUCUUAAGUUUAAAACUAAAACUUCCAAGUUCUUAUGAGUUGGAUGUGCUCUGUAAUGGUGAGAUCAUGGGGAAGGAUCACACUAUGGAAUUCAUCUAUAUGACACGAUGGCGACUAAGAGGCGAAAACUUUCGGUGUGUGAACUGCUCAGCCUCGCAAGUCUGCCCUCAGGAUGGCGCUUCCUAUCAGUCAUACCCCAUGGUAUUGCAGUAUCGACCAAGAAUUGACUUCGGUUAGACCAAGGGGCCUAGAUCCCACUGAGAAGAAUCCUGCAUUUUUUUUUUUGUUUACUCCUCGACAGAUUGCACAAUGAACAGUGUGUGGACUAGAGGGACACAACCUGAUUUUCAGCAUGCAAAUAAGGCCACUGUCUGUCUCUAAAUUGUCAGUUGCAUCUAUGUUGUUUCUAUUACGAGCAAACCAAGUGCCAUUCUGCUGCGGAACUGUCUGCAUAAGGUAUCUGUGUUGUCUCACCAUGUGCACCCCAUAGUUGAAAUCAGUUCGGUGUGC